AUGUACUCACGUGAGAAGCUGGAGCGGCUGCUACGGCAGGCCAAGGUGACGACGCAGAGCAUCCAAAAGGUGUCGCAAUGGAUGCUCAAUCACCGCCAGCAUCUGCCUGAGAUGGUGACGCUUUGGAGAGACCUCAUCCGCGAGGGAGACGCCGAGCACCAGAUCGUUUACCUCUACGUCGCCAACGACGCGAUGCAGGUGGGCGUACGCAAGUUUGGACGCCACAUCGCUGCAGCCUUUGAAAAGGAACUCGUGGACAUUGUGCAGCUGGUUAUGCGAGAUGGCGAGGAGAAGGUCAAGCGCUGCGCUCUUAAGAUCGUGGGCAUCUGGAAGGAACGCGGGGUCGUUACGCCACCUCUGUUGGCCAUGCUAGAGAAUGUUUGUGCUGGCAAACCCCCAGUAGAGGAGGUCCCGGAGUCCGACGGGAAGGAGGAAGAGAGGAAAGCCAAGUUGUUGCAGGAGAUGACCAGUGACGCAACGGUGGAGCGUGUGCUGGAAGAUAUGCCAGAGGUAGUGGAGUCUAGUGUCACUUCGCAGAUGGCUACACACCUGCAGGAGCUAGUGAACGCAACUAUCAGCUCCGAUAUGCUCAGUGACAGGAUGUUCCAGUUGGAGUCGAGCAUUAGUGUGUUCCACCAUGCGUGUGGAGAACAGGACGAAGAAGAUGAGGUUGUUGUGGGAGAAGAGGGCGACAGGACUUUCCCUUCUACGGGAGGCAUCGCGUGGAGCAAGAUGGACCAGCAAGUGUACGACCUGGACGUCGACAACAGUCGUCAACAUGUCGACCAAUAUCGCAAGAAUCUCAUGGAUCAGGCUACAAAGCGUGAUGUGCUGAUUAAGGAGCUACGAGGGCUGGAGACAAGAGAUUUGUUUUCCUUUCCCCCAGACUCGACGACGCAGGAAGAGGCAACUUAUCAAGAACGGGCGUUAGAGAAACUUUACUCUAUUGCCUGUGAAGCCGAGACUCUGGAGCUAAAACAGGUGGAGGAACAACGUGCUGAGUUCCGUGCGAGACAAGAAUCGCUGGCCGCUUCUGCUUCAGAUCCGUUGUACUCUGCGUACCAACCAGCCGGGGAGCCCUAUCGACCAAUCACCCCGACGCCUUCAAGCCGUGGACGAAGCGAAAGUGGCAACAGCCACCUGGGGUAUCGUCGAUCAUCUUACGAGUAUGACCAACCACACCAGAGAUCGCUUCGUCGCCACAGCAGCGCUUCCGCAGUCACGGACCGGGGCUUAAUGGAUGACCGACACAAUGAUCACCACCGAUACGGUGGACACAAUGAUCGGUACGGCGGAUCGAACGGCCGAUACGGUGUGGACUCGCCGUCUACCAGCAAGCGCCCGAAGCUGCACCACUCGCACAGUAUGGAGUCACAGAAUGUGCAGUGGCAGGAAGCUUCUCGUCACUCUCCUCGAAGUGGAAUCCAUUCGAACUCGUACGCUGCUGUGGAGAGGGAGCAACCGGCUUACUCGCCGCGAGAGAACCGAUUUUCACCAAGAGAUCACUACCAGGCACCACCGCCGCGUCAAGGACGCCGUAGCCGAUGGGACUCAAUGCCUGAGGAGCGCUACAACAAUCACUAUGAUGACCGGCGAUGGUGA